AUGCCCCGGAUUGUUGACGACAAAUCCCAAUACUGCAUCCCGUUCCUCCUGGACCGGUUAAAGCAUCACCAGGCGCGCCAUGGAAACAACCCCCACCAAUACCCCACCUUUCUUCCUCGGCCUGAAUGGCGUACAAGGGGGCCCGGGAAAACCGUCCUGGUCUCCACCCUCCAAUCCACCCUGCGUGCUCCCCCAUACUCCCUCGCCGUCGUCACCCUCUCUCUCGAUGAUCUCUAUCUACCCCACGAUCAGCAAGUCAGCCUCGCCCGAUCUGUCCCAGACAAUCCGCUGCUGCAACAUCGUGGCCAGCCCGAGACCCAUGAUCUCCUCCUAGCGAAGCAGGUCUUUGAUUCCUUGCACGCCGAGCUUUCCACCCCCAUACCCCAGUAUGACAAGUCCGCCUUUGCGGGACAGGGAGACCGGGUCCCCGCGUCGCAAUGGGAGAUUGUCAACGCGGAUGGACAGGAAAAAGUCAAGGUGGUGAUAUUCGAGGGUUGGUGUGUCGGGUUUCGCGCGUGGGAUGAUGAGGUCCUUCGACAAAAGUGGGAGGAGGCCGUGCGUCUGAAGGAACAGGGUGGGUACAACGGCCGAUUGGGCUAUGUAAAGUUUGAGGACGUCAAGGCUGUGAAUGAUGCACUGCGAGACUACGACGCCAUCACAGAUCGGCUAGACGCCUUGAUCCACAUUGACGCCCAAGAUCUCCAUUUUGUCUACGACUGGCGCCAGGAACAAGAGCGAACUCUCCGCGCUGCCAAGGGAACCGGCAUGACCGAAGAACAAGUUACGAACUUUGUCAAUGGCUGUGAGAUUGGCUUGUCCGCUGAUUUCGUCACCCUGGAGCUAAUAUGGAUAGAUUAUCCUUCUUACGAACUCUACACCGAAACGCUCCGCCAGGGCACCUUCAAGCCCAUUCCCCACGCUACAACAGCAAACGCGCCGACAACUGGCUGGGAAGGGAGACAGCUCCGUCUCAUUGUCAAUCGAGACCGGCGCGUACAGGAGGUCGUUCCGAUCUAG